AUGACAGUUGGCAUCCUUUUCGGAGCCAUAAGUGCGCUGGCUUUCGUUACACGGACCGGUUGCACAGAUAAUGCGAACGGCCUAAGUCCUGACGGUGUCCCGGAAAUAGAGUACACUGACGUGGAUCUAGGUCUUACCCAACGAGGACCAUACUUCGACGUACCCUACUCCAAGAAUGUUACAGCUUUGGUUGGAAAGACAGCUCAACUGAAUUGCAGAGUUCAUAAUCUCGGCAACCGAACAGUAUCAUGGAUAAGACAUCGCGACAUCCAUCUCCUGACUUCCGGGCGGAUGACGUACACCUCUGAUCAAAGGUUCAUCAGUGUCCAUAAUCCACACACAGAGGAUUGGAUACUAAAGAUAAGGUUCCCACAGAGGAGGGACUCCGGUAUAUACGAGUGCCAGGUCGGAACUACUCCACCAAUCGGUCACCGGAUGUAUCUUUCUGUAGUAGAACCACUGACUACAAUUCUCGGGGGACCAGAGCUCUUCAUCAACACAGAAAGCACCAUCAACCUGACGUGCGUGGUCCAGCACUCCCCAGAACCGCCACCAGCGAUUCAGUGGACCCACAAUGAUGAGGAAAUAAAUUAUGACUCGCCACGCGGCGGUGUCUCCGUUAUCACGGAAAAGGGGGAGAUGACCACGUCUCACUUGCUCGUGCAGAAGGCCCGGGGUUCAGACUCCGGGAGGUACACCUGCGCACCCGCCAAUGCGAACCCGAGAUCAGUACUCGUCCAUGUUCUGAGUGGAGAGCAUCCAGCAGCAAUGCAGCAUGGCGGGCAGUUGCGGCUGCAGUACCCACUGCCAGCAGCACUCCUCAGUGUGAUUGUAGCUCUUAUGGGUUGCUAG